AUGAACUCCACAAUGCUGAAGAUGGUGCUGGGAAAUGCGCCAGGAGAUUUUAGCAACUAUCAUGUGGGACUAUCGCCACCUGCUUUGGUUUAUGGACUACAACCCGCCCCUGCUCCAGUUCCAGCUCCACUUCCCCCACCAACUCCAGCUCCUGUAGCACCAGUGGCAGCCACUACAGAGUUUAGUCUGCCCGAAAUCAUAGAGAAUCGCAGUGUCAAGUUUCAGGGAUCAUCACAAGGACAUGGUAAUUUUAUACCUCUAAACCAACUUUAUGGGCCACCCAGUGUGGGGGAGCAGCCUAGCUAUGAAAGUCCCAAGCCGAGUGAUGGUUACUACUAUGCACCCCCUUCAACUGCUGGGACAAGCACAACCACACCACAACCUAUUAUAGUACAAGAUCCUGGAGAGUAUAAUGAUGUGGAACAGAAUCCCCCAGGCUAUGAUUAUCAUGCACCUGCUCCAGUCGCACCUCAGAGACCUUCCACCCCUGCUCCUGUCUAUUUGCCACCUGGCGAAAUUCUUCCCGAACAGACCCAACAAGUUCGUCUGCGUCUGAAGGACAUGCGUUGCCUUCCUGGGGCUUACUUUCGUGCGGUUCUUAAGCUAGAUAGCUUUCUGGGAGCUGCCCCUAUAAUGGAUAAUGAUCAUGACGAGGACGAUGAUCACUGCGAAUUGAAACUCUCUCGCAGCUUUCUUCUCCUGGACAUACCAGGCGCUGAUUUUGAACGCUGUGGCGUAAAAUCCUGCGGUCAGGAUUUGUGUUUGCGGCUAAGAUUUCCAACCAUACGCGGUCUGAGAACUGCAGGAGAUUCCAUUCUAACCCUGCACUGCAAAUCCCAAGAGCGAGUGGCCGUUAAGACACAUGCCCUGAAAAUGGGAGUCUCGAAUGAUGUGCAAGCUCGAAGUGUGGGCAACUAUGCUCAUGGCGGCAAUCAGAAUGCCUUUCGCACCCAUGUGGAGCUAUUGAGACGUGGCACUAAUGGCUAUACCCGACACUUGGAAAGCAAUGGAGCUGUUCAAUUGGGUGAGGAGUUGCUACUUAGAGCACAUGUUCUAGCUGGUGAUGGCUGGAACUACACCAAACUAAGUGAUGUCCAGUUGCAGAGGAUUUCCCCUAGCGGUGAAAUUCUUAACAAUGCCCAAUUGAUUAGCUCUCGUGGUUGUCUUAAUCCCGCCAUGCAGAGCAUAUGCUCGCAUGCUCCAAUCUUUGAGCCACCAUUGGGUCAAAGACUUCAUUUCAAGGCAGUAAUGUUUCCUGGCAUGCGUAGUGGCGAUAUUCUAGUGAUGUCGAUGCGUAUGACGGGUUGUUUGGAACGCGAGGAUUGUCAGGUGAAAGCGCAGGAUUGCUUAGCCCAACGACGAAGACGGAAUGCUAGCAAUGGAACAGAAAUCUCUGAGUUAUCUCAUCUAACUUUUCGGGUUAUAAUGCCGAAUAGAGCUUUAGUUACAACGGCGGAAGAUGAUCUGACUAGUGUGGUUUUGGAAAAUCCUGAAAUCAUAGAAACGUCCAAAACUUUGGCUCUAAUUGGGAGCUUAGGUUUCAUAGUUCUACUACUUGGAGUGGCCAUUGUGGCUUUGUAUAAAUUUGGAAAAUAA